AUGCCUGUACCUACAUCUUCACGAGACAGGGGACGGACGACAAAGCAGGGGAGGCCGGAUGAGGAGUUUGUCUUGUUUCUCCAGGGGAUUCCAGCGCAUUGCCGUUGGCAAGAGCUGAAGGACCUAGUUCGUCAGACAGCCCUACAUAUCCGACAGGCAGUAGUGUACGAUGACCAGCACGGGUUUCCAACCGGGCUGGGCCAGAUCAUCGUGAAGAAUGAGGACGAAGCAUGGCGAACAUACCAGAGGCUAUCCACGAAUGGCUGGGAAGGCCAGAGCUUGGUCGUGACACUGGCUCGCACCAGCUCCCCCACACGCCCAGUUGCUGGCCCGACCAAAAGUCCCACACGUGUGAUGCCUGCUAACUAUGUCGCGGGCUACUCGACGCCUCCAAGGGUUGUGCAGAAUAUGGCCGUUCCUCCUUCCCCAAUCUCUCCUGAACUGACACCACAUAGACCCUCCAUCUCCACGAGCCCAACAUAUCCUAAUUCCGAAUACGGUCUGGUGAUGGAUGUGAUGAGCAUGCCCCAACAGCCCCUAUUGCCGAUUAUUACAGAUCCAACAUCCCAGCAUGCUGUUCCUGCUAUACCACAGUCACCCGCAACUCUUCGCCGGACAUUCCGGGAUACAUAUAACACGCCCAUCCUUCCCUCAUACCCUAUGCAUGCAGGCCAGCCAUUGGUCGAAGCGCCCACGAACACGCGGUUUGGCACGACAGGACGUCGGACACAAUUCACGCGCAAGCCUAUCUAUAACUACCUUCCCAACCCUAGCUUCACCCCGCACGCCUAUCACCAACCCAGCAGCGUCACGGGCGCACCACGCUCCCCGCUGCGUCGCACCAUCUUUGUGCAGAACCUAAGUCCUGCAACGAAUGGUCUCGCGCUCCGUGACUUUUUUCAAGACUCGGGGGUGACCGUCGAGCAUUGUGAAGUGCCGAUAGACCUGAAGUUCGGGCGUUGCAAGGGCUUCGCGCGUGUGACGCUCCGGACCCCGGAGGAAGCCAAGCAUACCAUCAACCUCUACAACGGCUGCACCUUCUUGGGUACCAACAUUCGCGUGAGGAUGGAUCGAAGUAUACCCCAAAUGGGGCCGUUUACGCCAGCAGAUCGUGCCAAUCCCGCCUCCACCAGCACCACCAACAACAACAACAACAACAAAUUCGCCUACAGACCAAGCAAUGGCCAAGCCAUGCGGUCGACGACAACCCCUCAAGAUCAUCACGCCCCAACUGGGCCACGCAGUGAAGCCUCAACCACAGAGAAGCCUUCCCCCUCAUCGUCACCGUCGGCCUCUGCAACGAAACCCGCGGAUCGCUGUGGCCCACUGGUUGUCAACGGGUCUGGGACCGGACGAAGCGCCGUGGCGACCUAG